AUGGGCAGCGCCGAGCAGCAGGCAAACCUAGCUCGGGUCACGCUCGCGCUCAAGAUGGCGGAGAGGAAGGGCAGCCGGUUCACCUCGGCGUCGGCCAUCUUCGCCGCCGCGACCGCGGCGGCGCAGGGGGCCAGGGUAUCAACAACCAGGGAGGAGGUAGCGGGCAAGAGCUCAGCGAAACCGGCCGCUUCGUCGUCGACUGAGCGGUCGUCGCGGUCCAAGGCGCCGAAGCAGCGAGUCCCCGCUCCCUCGCCGCCCGCCGCCGCCGCCGCCGCCGCCGUUGCCGUACAAUCUUCGAGGCCGGCGACACGGCUCAGCACGCCGGAAACCCAAGACGCUGCUGCGGAGCACGAGCCAUACGCUGCUGCUUCUGCGUCCGGCGGCGUGCUCAAGAAGAAAAGCAAGAAGAAGAAGAAGAAGAAGUCUGUCGCCCGUACGGCUGCUGGUGCUGCCGCUCCUCCUCCGGCUAGCGCUCCAGCGGCUGCCGCUCCCGCCGCCGCCGCUGCCGCCGACAAUGUCAAGAUGGAAAAGAAGCCGCUGUUGCGAACCAAGGCGGUUGAGGACGAGGUGGCGGGGGCGGCGGCGGCGGCGGCGGCUCUGCCACCCAGGACCCCCAUCGUGGUGCCCGCGGCACCGUCACCCAUGCCCGCUCAACAACAGCCCGCCCCGACGAGAGCGGAGUACCUGGCGGUCGCCGCCGCGAAGGCCAAGGCCAAGGCGCGAGAGCUGCAGCAAGCCACCGCCAAGGCUCAGCGGGAAGCGGAGAACGCGCUCCGCGCCAUGUCCGAAGAGUUCAAGCGCAUGGAAGAGGGACCGGGUCGUGGUGACGACGCCGCUGUUGCUGCUGCUGCUGCCGGGGGUUCGGGAACGAGCUUCUUGGAGGGGGAGGAGGGAGUGGACCCGCGGCUGCAGCGGGGAGCGGAUGGGUCCCCCAGAGCGCGGUAUGACGUGUCCUCGUCCGAGGGAGAAGACGGCGAUGGUGCUGGGCCUCAACCGGAGGUGACCGGACAAGUGCCCCUCCAGCUAGGUGCCCAGCAGCCGCUUCAACCGGCACCGCUUCUGCAGCAGCAGGGGCAGCAGCCGUGGCAGGGGGAGGGGUCGCCGCGAGCGCGCUACGACGUGUCGUCCUCAGAUGAAAACGGCGACGGCAGCGACGCUGGUUACGUGGGGGGUCAGGCCCCAGUUUACUCGGGAGCGUCGCCGAUGGACGAGGACGAAGAAGAAGAAGAAGAAGAUGGUUCUUCUUCUACCCCGGCCCGGUACGACGUGUCAUCUUCCGACGACACCGGGAGCGGCGCCGGGGUCUUCGAGGCGACCGUCACCGACAAGUCUCGUGCCGGCGGCGGUGUCAGCAGCGCGCGUGAUUGGGCAGACGAAGAAGCUCCGCGAGGAGAGUCCCCGGUCAUCGGCCGGUAUGACGUGUCCUCCUCGGAGGAAGAGGAGGAGGAGGACGACAGCGGCAUCGGCGGCGGUGGCGGCGGCGAAGGAAUUGGCGGGUUCGACGGCUCCCGGGACGCUUGUCCGACGCCGUCGCCGACGGGCUCGUUACCCCUCGGCCGUUACGACGUCUCCUCUUCCGGCGACGAUGAGCCGUUCUCGAGCACCGUCGCCGCCGGCGAUAGCGGCCGGUCGGGCAGGGCCGCGAGGCGCGCGGCCGAGAUCAUGGAGGCCGUAGCGCUAGCGGCCGAGUACCGCAACAACCACGCGGCCGCCGCCGCCGGCUCGGCGGCCGAAGACGGGGACGACGAGGAGGAGGAGUACUCCCCGUGGGACAUGGACUCCGAGGGAGGAGAGGAAUCGGGCGACGAGGUGUACGCCUUCGCAGGCCGCCGGCAGCGGCGACGCCUGCUCCCGCGGUCCUCGGCAAGGAAGGUGUCGCACAGCGGGGCCGAGUUCGAGUGGGGGGAGGUGGAUCUGCAGGACCCCCUCGCGGAGCACAAGGGCCUGCUUGACCGCCUCGCCGGGAUGGGCACCCCCCUUCCGGGCAUGCCGGCUCCAUCAAGCGGCAGCGUCGUUGGCUCCGCCCGGGGCAGCGUCGUUGGCUCCGCCAGGGGCAGCAGGAGCGGCAGCGUCGCCUCGGCCUCCGACGCCGCGGACGGAGUGCCGUACGCCAACAGCCGCCACCCCGCCACAACCCAGUCCAGCUCCGAGUCCAGCGCUAGCCCGAACCCCAACAACAUGAAGAGGGUCAAGAAGAAGUCGAAGAACGGGCAUGCCAGUAGGGGCGUCUACGCCCCGCCGCCGGCAGCGGCCGCGGGGCCCCCCAGACGGCCGGUGGCCGUGUCGAACGUGGACAGGGCUGCCGGGGUGGGCCACUGGACCAACCUCAUGCACAGCGCGGGCAACGUCGACCCCAUCGAGCUGAACCCGGCCAAGCGCGCCGCGGCCGGGGCCGUCGCCGCCGCCCCGGGCAAGAAGGGGGGGGAGGGUGCGCGCUCCGUGCCCCCUCCGCCCGCCCCCGUGGUGGAGCCGCCCAAACCGAUGAAGGAGUUCCCGCCUGGGAGCGGGAAGAUGGUGUUGGACGAGCUGGCCCACGCGCGAAUGUACCCCGGCGGCGCUGUGCUCAACAUGAAGUCCUUCAAGCUGAAACAAAAGUCGGCUGUAUCGGCCGCCUUCGAGAUGUGCGCGGCGAUGGAGCCCAAGUCUCGCCCCAGCUUCGAGAACAAGAACAAGGACGCCGCCAAGAACAUCUCGCCCUUCACGCUCAACGUGUCCGUCAAUGGAGUGGCUUAUUCCCCCGCGACGGCCAAGAACACCAAGCUCGCCAAGCAGCUGGCCUCCAUCAACUUCCUCCGGGAGGCCGUCGGCACUCGCGAGCAGCUCGACCUAGAGUCUCUCAUCGCCGAAACGACGGGCGGAAGCCUCGCCGGCAGCGCGGCGAUUGCGGCGGCGAUAAGCCAGGGAAAGCCCGCCACCGGCGCUGGCGCCGGUGGCGGCGCCAAAGGCGGCGCCAAAGGCAGCAGGGGCGGCGGCGGCGCCAGCGAUGGUGGUGGUGGCUCCGGCAAGGGGACUGAAGGAAGCGCAACGGGAACUGACAACGACGAUGACCCUGUGGCCAAGCAUGCGCUCGGCGACGGCCUCCAGAACUAUGCGCAACUCCUUCACGAUCUGGUCGCCGCGCACCCGGAAACACCCAACUACGCGUCGUACAUGUUCCGGGCCCUCAAGGACAACGCCAGCCAGCAGAAGUCCAAGCUCACAGGAAAGGGGUUCCGCUGUUUCGCGAGACUGCUUCGCCACGUCGUCGACCCCGUGGAGACCGCCAAGCGGAAAGAGGUGGAGGCCGCGAAGAGCGCCAUCGAGGUCGCCGCGAAGGCCUCCCUGGGUGAAGACCCUGAGAACGAGGCCCUGAAGGAGGCCGCGCGGGAGGCGCACAAGGACUUCCUGAAACACCGUGCUAUCCCCAAGCUUUCCAUUGGCGUCCUCUCGGCGGAAGGGGACGGUGCCAACAAGCGGGACGCCAAGCACAAGGCGGCGCAGGGCCUCAUGUACGCCCUCAUGCCCAAGUGUAAGACCGACGAGGACCUUCGAUCGCAGGCGAAAGUGGUAAUCGAAAAGUACCAGGCGGAGAAGAAGGUACGCAUGGAGAAAGAACAGAAGGCAGCGCAGGAGGCCAAGCGUGCCCGGGAAGCGGCGAAGAAGGCGAAGAAGGCCGGAGCAGCUGCCGGCCGCGCCACUGCCGCCGCUUCUCGCGUCCCCGCCGCCGACCCCUCCGCCGCGAUCCCGCACCCCGAGACCCGAGGCGACCGGGCCAUGCUCAACGCGUUGACUGCCGCUGUCAAGUCGGCGGAGGACAGGCGCGCCAGCGAAGCUUCGCUUGCGGAGGGCGGCGACGCGGCGGGAGAGGAAGGAAGUGGAGCGAGUGAAGCCGUUCCGAUGGCCGUGGCCGAAGACGACGGCGCGGACGACGCUUCCGCUCCCGCUGACGCCGCCGGGGUCCCCGCUGAUGAAACCGGGGUAACCGCUGAUGCUAACGGGGGCUCCGCCAAUGCUAACGGUGUACCCGCCGAUGCUAACGGGGUUCCCGCUGAUGCUAACGGGGCCGAGGAAACGCCGGCGGUGGUGGUCCCCGCCCCGGCUCCCGCUUCCGCCGCCAUCGUCCGUUCCGCUUCCACCGCUUCCGCGCCGGUGGCGGGCGGCCGCCCGGGGACACGGGCUACUCGCGCCACAGCUGCGGCUGGUGUUGCCGCCGUCACCGCCGCCCCUGCCGAGACGGCCGCGGAUGGCGGCGAGGCUGAUGCCUAACCCCGCCUUGUUUCGGCUUGGGAAGACGACAGCGCAGACACGUGGGGGUUGCCUCGUGCGGCGUUCAGUAGCGGCGGCGGUGAGCGCGGCGCUCGCCGCGGCAUUCCCGCCGACCACUUACCGCUGCGAGAAUCGAGAGAGGGUGGGGGUCUCUGUGCACGUUUGUCGAUAGACACCUGAGGCUGAUGAGUUUUGUUGCGGUUAGUGUUUUUCGCGUGUUUUUCCUCUCGUCGGGAGAAUGUGGACGGUGGGGGCAUGCCUGUCUUGUCUUGGAACGCCAGAGAAGGAGGGAGGCCGACCGGAUUUGCGGUGCAACAAGAAGUGCGGCGCAACAAGCAACGUUUCGUCCGCCCCCACGGGAACGAUCUGGCCGUGUGUGUGCGUGCGUGUGUGUGUUACUGAAAUCGAUGAUGAGCACGCCCCAGAGCAGCGAUUUGGUGAGCCCCGGUGCGAUGGUGGACCAAUGACGUUGCGACGCGACAGCGGGAGGCUCGGGGCUUGGAGGGUUGGCGUGUGUUGUGUGAUAUCCACUACCUGUUGGCUGUUGCGAUCACAAUAGUGAGGAAGGUUCACCCGGCGCGCCGGAAAACCAUUGCUAUUAAUAAAGAUGCAGGGCUAGCU